AUGAAGUACGACGUGACCGUACCCGUAGGCAUUGGCGAGUUCACAACCACCACCAACGUUACGUCGUCGUCUAAUGCGCAGAAAAAGAAAGGGAGAUUCGAUGCGGUUUUGGAACGAGAAUCAUCCUCAGAGGAAGAAGCGGGGGAAGGGAAAAACUCGUUGUUGAUUGGAAACGUGCGCGUCGACGUGCGCGAUAUAAACGAAGGAAAGAAGAAGAAAAACGAGGUGUAUUGGAAGUACGAUGAUUCAGACGACGAUGGUAUGGAUGAUGACGAGGAAGACAUUGAGUCGUAUUCGUCCACCUCUUCUUCCUCUGAUGAUGGAGAAGACAACAUGGAAGAGGAACAACUCUCGGAUUCGGCGGAAUACGAGCGGCAGUUGAAAGCAAUCGCGGGGAUGGCGUUGGAUGGAGGGUACGGAGGAGGGUACUUGGUUCCAAGCCCGGGGUCGUCGUUUGGCGAGAGCAGCAGUUCAGGCGAAGAGGAUGAUUGGACGUCGAAAAAAGGACGACAAAAAGCGUUGGCGAAGAAGCGCAGGGCGAAGCGAGCGGCGCAGGAACAGUUGAUGGAAGAGGAGGAGCUCGAAACGUACGUAGAAUCGGUGUUGGAAACGUUGAUGUAUUUAGGCGAAGGAAGUUAUAUAGGAUUACCGGCUGGGAUGACGAAAAUGAAAUUAGAGUGCGUGAGGGAUAUCGUACAUCAAAGAAGCGGCGGAUCGUCCGGCGGUUUCGUGUUUGAAACUUUGGGAGGCGGUAAGAGAAUCCACGCCGUUAUAAGGUUUCAGGGAAACUCGUCCGGGGCGAACAGAAGCGUGUCAACGCAUUACGGUAAAGAGAUCAAAGAUAAAAAUAGAAAUAGACGAAAUAGACAACAAAGAGGGAGUAAUGGUACCAGAAAAAACGCGACGCCGGUGUCGUUUAUCAAAGCGGGCGAGGCGGCAGACUUGACCAAAGUAGAGUCCGAAGACGACGAUGACAACGACGACGAUAUCGAUGACAACGAUGGUGAAAGAAAGAUGUACGCGAAUAGGGGAUUACGACGAGCCGCUGAAGCCGAGGCGAAGGCAAAAGCUUUGAGACGGGCGAGAAAGAAAGCGUCAAAAGGCGUUCCGAUUGACGCCGGGAGAAACUACGCCGAGUUUGAACAACAUUCGAACGCUAUUGGAAGUAAAUUGAUGGAAAAAAUGGGCUUUACGCACGGCACUGGACUCGGUGCGAAGAGAGACGGGAAAGCAGAGCCAGUUGAGGCGGUGAUGCGAAAGAAACGUGCCGGACUAGGCACUUGA